CAUAUGUUCGUUGUUUCAGGGAUCAGUGAUGUUCAGUGAUGUGUCUGUAGACUUCUCUCAGGACGAGUGGGAGUGCCUGGACCCUGUUCAGAGGGACUUGUACAGAGAAGUGAUGUUGGAGAACUACAGCAACCUGGUUUCAGUGGGACUUUAUAUCCCGAAGCCUCAAGUGAUCUCUUUAUUGGAACAAGGGAAAGAGCCCUGGAUGGUUGGCAAAGAGCUUACAAGAGGCCUGUGUUCAGAUCUGGAAUCAAUGUGUGAAACCAAGUUAUUAUCUCUAAAGAAGGAAGUUUAUGAAAUAGAAUCAUGCCAGAGGGAGAUGAUGGGACUUACAAAGCAUGGCCUGGAGUACUCCAGUUUUAGAGAUGUUUUGGAUUAUAGAAGCCACUUUGCGAGACAACUGGGAUACCAAAAUGAGCAUUUCAGUCAAGAAAUAUUCACUCGUGAAUACAUGCCCACAUUCAUUCAACAGACAUUCCUUACUCUGCAUCAAAUAAUUAAUAAUGAACAGAAACCCUAUGAAUGUAAGAAAUGUGGAAAGGCCUUUAGUCAGAAUUCACACUUUAUUCAACAUCAGAGAAUUCAUAUUGGUGAAAAAUCUUAUGAAUGUAAGGAAUGUGGGAAAUUCUUUAGUUGUGGUUCACAUGUUACUCGACAUCUGAAAAUUCAUACUGGUGAAAAACCCUUUGAAUGUAAAGAAUGUGGAAAGGCCUUCAGUUGUAGCUCAUACCUUUCUCAACAUCAAAGAAUCCAUACUGGUAAGAAACCCUAUGAAUGUAAGGAAUGUGGGAAGGCCUUUAGUUAUUGCUCAAAUCUUAUUGACCAUCAGCGAAUUCACACUGGUGAAAAACCCUAUGAAUGUAAAGUAUGUGGCAAAGCCUUUACAAAGAGUUCACAACUUUUUCAACACGUGCGAAUUCACACAGGUGAGAAACCCUAUGAAUGUAAGGAAUGUGGCAAAGCCUUUACUCAGAGUUCAAAGCUUGUUCAGCAUCAGAGAAUUCAUACUGGUGAGAAACCUUAUGAGUGCAAAGAAUGUGGCAAAGCCUUUAGUAGUGGCUCAGCACUUACUAAUCAUCAGAGAAUUCACACUGGUGAAAAACCCUAUGAUUGUAAGGAAUGUGGGAAAGCCUUUACUCAGAGCUCACAACUUCGUCAACAUCAGAGAAUUCAUGCUGGUGAGAAACCCUUUGAAUGUCUUGAAUGUGGGAAGGCCUUUACUCAGAACUCACAACUUUUUCAACAUCAGAGAAUUCAUACAGAUGAAAAACCGUAUGAAUGUAGUGAAUGUGGAAAGGCCUUUAAUAAAUGUUCAAACCUCACUCGACAUCUGAGAAUUCACAGUGGGGAGAAGCCCUAUAACUGUAAGGAAUGUGGGAAGGCAUUUAGUAGUGGCUCAGAUCUCAUUCGUCAUCAGGGAAUUCAUAACAAUGAAUAAUAAAAAUUAAAGCUCUUGUCACCUUCCUAAUAUUUUAAAUAAAAAUUCAUGUUUAAUAGUGAAAAAAGGCACUAUCUUUUAUUUUAUAUUUAAGUUUUGAAUCCAAAUGUCCUUCACUUUAAAUUAUAAAUUCAGAGUCUAAAUUGACAUUCUCUCUCCUCCCAAUGGGAGAGAGAAUGUGUGCCCAUGGCAGUUGUUAGGUAAUUCUGUCCUUCUCCAUUGUUUGGUUCUACUUUCUUGGUGAUACCUUAUAUUCUUAUUUAU